UUGUUUCUCCUCUAUGGCGUGGACAGAGCCGACCUGCAUGGAUAUCGCCCUGUUCGACUUCAAGGUCAGGUUGGUCUAUAUCAUGUUACUGUGUAUCCUGCUGGGGCUGGUCGUGCCCUUCAUCCUGGCCUCCUACGCCUUCCACCAGCCCGUCAACAACAUGCGAGGAACCUGUGCCUUGAACGUGUCAUACAGGUUCCCGUGCGUGCCUGGCGAAGUGCUUAGAGAGGACACCUGCCACGCCCUUGGCUGCUGCUACGACCUGCAGUUUGAAAGUGACACGUACGCCCCUAAGUGCUUCCAUUCCGUGCCCUCCGAGUACGACUACAUCGUGGUCUCGGAGCAGAACGCGACCCUGGAGCCCUCCUACCCGAUCACCCGAAGGAUGGGCGACGACGUGGAGCUAAUCAUCGAACUCAGCUCCCUAAGAAGCAAGACCAAUAUUGGGACUCCGGCAUGGCCGCUGCAGGUGAAGCUUCAGCGUCAGGGCAACGACGUGGUGAGAAUCCUGCUGUGGAGCCCCGAGAACGACACCUUCAGCAAAGACGACUUCGUACCAGAGGCCGGCAGCGACCACCAGUUGGAAGUCGUGGUCGAGGAACACGAGGGAGGAGAUUUCAACAUCACAAUCAUCCGCGUCUCGACCAACGAGACCGUGAUGGAAACGGUGUUCGGUCCUCUCAUCUACGGCGAGAAAUACAUGGAAAUCAGCAGCAAAAUCCCCACCUAUCAUCUCUACGGACUGCGAAAGAGAAAUACGUACAGUCUGUCGCCGGAUUUCGUCAAGCGCGAGCGACUCUCAUUCUAUAACCGCGAGGGAGAAGUUGGCAACGGAUCCACCUACGGCUCCCACCCAUUCUUCAUGAACUUCGAGAAAACUGGGAAGAUGUUCGGUGUUUACCUCAAGAACUCCGGUCCAGUCGAGAUCGACUUCGUGCCCAUCCCCGCUGUGGUCUUCAGGGCGGUGACCGGCACGCUGGACCUGAGGGUGAUGGCCGGACCAGCGCCCCGUGACAUCAGUCGACAGUAUACUAACAUGGUGGGACGACCCGCCUUCCCGCCAUAUUGGGCCCUAGGUUACCACCUCUGUAGGACCACCUCCAACGACACUGAGUACGACGCCGUCGUGGACAUGAUGGAGACACUGCAGAUCCCCUACGAGAGUGACUGCAUCGAUACCCGCCUCAACUACCCGGACUCCUACGGGCCCCUGGCGGACACCACGCUUAAGAGGAUCCGUGAAGUAAAGAAGGCCGGACGGAGGUUCCUUCUCGUUCAGUACCCCUUCGUCCCCGUCGGCAGCGCUGCCUUCAAUGCCUCGCGCGACUUCCUCCUGAAGCUCAACUCCACGACGCCCUACUUCGGCAGCGUGGAUGGCCAGCCUGUGGGCUACCCUGAUUACUUCGACGAGUCCACCUUCAGUCACUGGCUGGGACAGGAAGCCGGCGACGGGGGCCUCUACGACCUGGCAGACGGGGUGCUCCUUCUCCGGAACACUCCCUUAAAUGAGGCGCAGCUCAAUUACACCGUCUGGAAUG